GUUUUUCCCGAAUCCCAACACUCAUCUUUUCAUUUCUGGCAUUGGAAACUCCGAAAAAAACUCAAUUUUCUUCUUGAAAUUUCCAUCUUCCUCUUCUUUCAUCUGGGCAAUCUGUCUUUUUUUUUUUUGGAAAAUUUCAGCCAUGGAUUUGAGAAAGAUUGCAAUUCCAGAGCAGUUUUCUUCAAAACGGAGGGUGAUUUCUGGUUUUGGCGUCGGUGUUUUAGCUUCUCUCCUUGUUUUUACACUAGUCUUGAUGAAUAACCCAUUCAAAAUCUCCUUCUUGAAUGUGACUUCUGGUACUUCCUCUCCAUUCCCAUGGUUUUUUCCACAGCAAGCUGCUGUGAUUUCUGCAAAUUCUUCUUCAGAUUCUUUGGAGUUUUCGAAGAGGAAGAAAGAAGGGGGAAUUGUGGAAAAAACCCAUGAAGGGAAUUUGGGAAAUGAGGAUAAAAAUUCUAGCUUUUUGAGUUUUGGUGGAGGAGAGGAGGGUAUGGAGAAGUCCCAUGAAGAUAAUUCCUCAGAAAAUUUUGACAAAGGAAGCACUUUUAAUAAAGAAGAUAGGGUGAUAGAAAAAAUCCAUGUAGGGAAUCUGUCGGAGAAGGCUAAAAAUGGUGGAAAUUUCUCAGAAGAUGUUGAAAAAGGAAGUUCUUUUAGUAGAGAAGAAAGGGUGAUAGGAAAAACCCAUGAAGGAAAUUCUUCUGGGAAUGAUAAAAAUCUGUACCUUUUGAAUUCUGGAGAAGGAGAGGGGGUUAGAGAGAAGAUUCGCAGAGGGAAUUUCUCUAUCAAUGAAAGAAUCCAUGAAGCAGUGCAGGGAGAAGCAAAAAAUUCAAGCUUUUCUAAUGGAGUACCAAGUAUUUCUGAGAAACCCCAUGAAAGUGGUGUGUCUGAGAAUGAUAAAAAUUCAACCUCUGAGAGAAAAACCCAUCAAGGGGAUCCAUCUGAGAAAGAGAAGGAGAAAAUUGCAAGGUCUUACAAUGGUUUCCCUUCUGCAAAAACAGUUGGAGAUGUUUCUGGAAAGUGUAAUAUUUUCAUUGGGAGAUGGGUAAGAGAUGAAGGAAAACCGUAUUAUCCUGCUGGUUCUUGUCCUCAUAUCGAUAAGGAUUUUGACUGCCAUGGAAAUGGAAGGCCAGAUGAUGAUUUUCUAAAAUGGAGGUGGCAGCCGAACGAGUGCAACAUCCCAAGCUUGAAUGCGUCUGAUUUUUUGGAGAGGUUGAGAGGCAAAAGGCUUCUUUUUGUGGGAGAUUCAUUGAAUAGGAAUAUGUGGGAGUCGCUGGUGUGUAUUCUUCGCCACAGCGUCGCAAACAAAAAAAAUGUUCAUGAGAUAUCUGGAAGAAAAGAAUUCAAAACAAAAGGCUAUUACAGUUUCAGAUACGAGGACUACAACUGUUCUAUAGAUUUUGUUAGAUCUCCUUUUCUGGUGAGGCCAUCAUCCGUUAAUGGCCAAAAGGGAGAAGAGGAGACUUUAAGAUUGGAUCUGAUGGACGAAACAACUCCAGUGUAUCGGGAAGCUGAUGUUUUAGUUUUCAAUACUGGCCAUUGGUGGACUCACGAGAAAACCUCCAAAGGAAAAGAUUAUUAUCAAGAAGGUAAUUACGUGCACCCAAUGCUCAAUGUCAUUGAAGCUUACGAGAAGGCUCUCACCACAUGGGGCAGAUGGAUUGACAAGAACAUCGAUGCCCACAAAACACGGGUUUUCUUCAGAGGAUAUUCCCUCACCCAUUUCAGUGGAGGCCAGUGGAAUUCCGGCGGGCAAUGUCACAAUGAAACAGAGCCGAUUUUCAACGAAUCCUACGUGGGAAGUUACCCUUCAAAGAUGAGAGCACUUGAGCACGUGUUGCAACGGAUGAAAACUCCAGUAGUGUAUCUGAACAUCAGUAGGCUUACUGAUUACAGAAAAGAUGGGCACCCGUCGAUAUACCGCAAGGAAUAUAAAACGGACCGGCAGUCUCAGGACUGCAGCCACUGGUGUUUGCCGGGAGUGCCUGAUACAUGGAAUGAAUUGCUAUACGCUUCUUUGGUGAUGGACAGCUGAGGAUCAUGGAGGGACGGAAUACGGAACCAAGUGCACAUUAUGGUGUGAUAAACAGGAUUAUUCGUGAAAAAUUACAACAUGGGUGCUGAAGUUCUUUUAUUGAUUAAUCUUGUGUUAGGAAAUGUCAAUGGCAAAUGUCAAUGGCAAGUUCUAUCAGAGAUUGACAAUGUUAAGAAUUAUUUUUUUUUCAGUCUUUUUCCACUGUAAGUAGACUGGAAAUGUGACAGAUUUCUUCAGUGUAUGCAAGAAGUUCUAUACAGUAAAUAUCAACAUGGGCGGGCAUUUUUGCUAUUGUUGGUGCACAAAAAUUCUGAAAUCUUGUUUGAACAGAUUGUGUUUGAAUGUAUACUAUUGCAGCUUGGAUUCA